AUGUCAGUGAUUUUAUAUUUAUAUAACAAAGUAAUCGACAAAUUGUCAUUAAUUAUAAAAAUUUAACACUUCAAAAAUGAAGAAAUGGCAAAUAUCUUUUUUAUUUGUAAUAUCGUGUUUGGCAUUUAACGAAGCCAUUCAACAUACAAAUUCGGAAGACAAACAAAUAUACCAAUUUAUAGAAAGUACGGAGAGAAAAUUUGAAGAAAAUGAAUACUUGGAAUUGUUAAAAAAUGCUGAUGAAAAUGGAUAUAAAUUGGAUGAAACCACAACAAAAUUUUUUGCUAAUCUUGGAUAUUUAGAAUGUUUAAAAUAUGCUCAUCAUAUUGGAUGUCCGUGGAAUGAAAGCACAACAGAAGCAGCUGCUUCUAGUGGUAAUUUAGAAUGCUUAAAGUAUGCUCAUGAAAAUGGUUGUAAAUGGGAUGAACGUACACCUAUUGCGGCUGCUAAAAGAGGUGAUUUGAAUAUUUUAAAAUAUGCACAUGAAAAUGAAUGUCCGUGGGAUGAAAAUACAACAGUUGUAGCUGCUCUUAAAGGUAAUUUAGAAUGCUUAAAAUAUGCUUAUGAAAAUGGCUGUAAAUGGAAUGUAUUAGAUAUUGCAGAAAUGUCUAUUAUGAUUAGUAAUCUAGAAAUAUUAAAAUAUGUUCACAAAAAUGGAUACAAAUUCAAUGAACACACAAUUAAUAUGAUAUCUUAUAAAAGUGAUCUAGAAAUUAUAAAAUAUGUCCUUGAAAGUGGAUAUCCGUGCAAUAGAACUUUAACUUGUAUGGCUGCAAAAAAUGGUAAUCUAGAAACUUUUAAAUAUUUACAUGAAAUUGCAUGUCCGUGGGAUAAAAGCAUAACACAUAUAGCUGCUUAUAAUAAUCAUUUAAAUAUUUUAAAAUAUGCACAUGAAAAUGGAUGUCCGUGGGAUGAAAAAACAACUAUUAUGUCUGCCAUAAAUGGUCAUUUAAAUAUUUUAAAAUAUGCACAUGAAAACAAAUGUCCAUGGGAUGAAAAAACAACAGAAGCAGCUGCUUUUAGUGGUAAUUUAGAAUGCUUACAAUAUGCUUAUAAGAAUGGCUGUAGAUGGGAUAAACGUACAACUACUGCGGCUGCCAAAAGAGGUGAUUUAAAUAUUUUAAAAUAUGCACAUGAAAAUAAAUGUCCAUGGGAUGAAAAAACAACAGAAGCAGCUGCUUCUAGUGGUAAUUUAGAAUGCUUAAAAUAUGUGUGUGAAAAUGGUUGUAAAUGGAAUCAAAAUAUCAUGAGAAUUGCUAUUGUUAAGGGUAAUCUAGAUAUUAUAAAAUAUAUUCACAAAAAUGGAUGUAUGUUUGGUGUAGGAUCAAUUCGAGAUGCUGCAGCAAGUGGUUGUAUCGAUUGUUUGAAAUACGUCCACGAAAAUGGAUGUGAUUGGAAUGAGGGUACAACUAGAGCUGCUGCAGCAAGUGGCUCUAUCGAUUGUUUGAAAUACGUCCACGAAAAUGGAUGUGUUUGGGAUGAGGGUACAACUAGAGCUGCUGCAGCAAGUGGUUGUAUCGAUUGUUUGAAAUACGUUCACGAAAAUGGAUGUGUUUGGGAUGAGAAUACAAUAGCUGUAGCAGCUUUGCAUGGUAAGUUAGAUUGUUUGAAAUAUGCCCAUAAACAUGGAUGUGGUUGGGUUGAAGGUACCAUGAGAGGAGCUGCAGCAAAUGGACAUUUAAACUGCCUAUUUUAUGCUAGUAUGAAUGGGUGUCCGUGGGACGAAGGCAUAACAAGAGAAGCAGCUGCGAGUAAUUUUUUAAACUGUUUGAUGUUUGCAAAUAAAAAUAGGUGUAAAUGGGAUGAAGGAACUAAGAGUGGAGCUGUCGCACAUGGCAAUUUAAACUGCUUAAAAUAUGUUCAUGAAAAUUAUAGUAAGUGGGACGAAGGCACAACAAAACUUGCAGCUGCAAAUAAUCAAUUAGUAUGCUUAGAAUAUGCUCAUGAAAAUAAUUGUCCAUGGAGUAACGGUACUAUUUUUGAAGCUACUAGAAAUGGUUAUACUAAUAUAGUUAAUUAUGCUAUUAAAAAUGGCUGUCCUAAUUAAUAUAGUUAAAUAUUAACUAGUUAAUAGUUAAAAUAUGGUAAAUUUUUACUAAACAUAAAUAAUUUCAAUAUUUUUAAUUAAGUAACAAAAAUAAUCGUAUUAAAUGUUUGUAAUGAUCACAAUUUUUACAUAUGUCAGUUUCCACAUAGAAUGUUUUAUAAAACUAAAUAAU